CGAACCUGGGCAGGGACUCAGCUGAUGGGUGGCCUCCAAUCGCUCCCAAAUUGACUCAAUGCAAUUCCCUGAGCAAAUUCAUUUUCCCAGCCCUGAAAGCUGAGAGGCUUGGAUUUGAUGGUCCCUCAGGUGCCCCGGGAGUACGGAAGUUCAAUAACGCAAAGAGGUCGGGGCUACUUAAGAUAUUAUUGGUGUGUGUCCAAAUGGUUUUAUGUAAAAACGUGAGCGUCUCCAGGGGCUGGGUGUCAGCUGUGGCCCUCACCCUAACCUGCUUUGCUUGAUUGGUUAUCAGGAAAUCAUUUGCUUUUCAGUCGCUUUCACCCUGAUUCAAAGUCACUUGUCAUGGAUUCCGUGUGGGUCUGGCGAAGCUGUAGGAAGCGCUCUACUUAAGAAUUUAGAGCUGGGAACUUGGCAGGCCUUAAGCAAAGACUGAUGAGAGAUGCCAGGGUGGUCAGCUCUCCAGAUAACUUUGAGGCAGCUUGGGCAAUUUAUGGGGGGCGGGGGGUGGGCAGAGCACACACUGUAUUAUAGCUUUCAGGACUGGGGGAAGGGCUGCAGAAUGGAGUUUAAUUAAAAUUCGGGUCCCAACGUGGCCCAUCUUCCUUGCCAAGUCAGCAGCUAGCAUUUCUGUUUGUAGUGCUGGUGAUCUCGCUGCGAUGACAAACUUAGUUACCUCGAAAAUUCUGGCCAGUCUGCCUAAAACGUCAAUAUGUGAACCAGAUGUUCUACCAAGGUCUGGCACACUGCUGUUCUUUGCCUGUGAUUUCAGAGAUACCUGAUCGACCACCGCUGGGAGGGAGGAGGCUGGGAAAGGAUCUGGGAAAAGAGCUGGUGACAAAUGAGAAAACCAUCGUAUUACACAGCUUCACACCUUUCCAAAUGGCUUCUGUGUUCCAGGUAGCUGAGUCGGAUUUCUGAGGAGGGGCUGCUCUGCCUUCGUCUUGGUCCAGCCAUGAAGCUCUUCCUGCUUUGUGUCUGCACGCUGCUCCUGAUGGCUUCACAGCUGAGGGCAGUCAGCUUUCCCGAAGAUGAGGAGCCCCUCAAUACCGUUGACUACCACUAUUCAAGGCAAUAUCCGGUUUUUAGAGGGCGCCCUUCAGGCAAUGAAUCACAACACAGGCUGGACUUUCAGCUGAUGUUGAAAAUUCGAGACACACUUUAUAUUGCUGGCAGGGAUCAAGUUUAUACAGUCAACUUAAAUGAAAUCCCCAAAACAGAAGUCAUUCCAAGCAAGAAGCUGACAUGGAGGUCAAGACAACAGGAUCGAGAAAACUGUGCUAUGAAAGGCAAGCAUAAAGAUGAAUGCCACAACUUUAUCAAAGUAUUUGUUCCCAGAAACGAUGAGAUGGUUUUUGUUUGUGGUACCAAUGCAUUCAAUCCCAUGUGCAGAUAUUACAGGUUGAAUACCUUAGAGUAUGAUGGGGAAGAUAUUAGUGGCCUGGCAAGAUGCCCAUUUGAUGCCAGACAAACCAAUGUUGCCCUGUUCGCUGAUGGGAAACUAUAUUCUGCCACAGUAGCUGACUUCUUGGCCAGUGAUGCUGUGAUUUAUCGAAGCCUGGGAGACGGAUCUGCUCUUCGCACCAUAAAAUAUGAUUCCAAAUGGAUAAAAGAGCCACACUUUCUUCAUGCCAUAGAAUAUGGAAACUAUGUCUAUUUCUUCUUCCGAGAGAUUGCUGUGGAACACAACAACUUAGGCAAGGCUGUGUAUUCCCGUGUGGCUCGUAUAUGUAAAAAUGACAUGGGUGGCUCCCAGCGGGUCCUGGAGAAACACUGGACUUCGUUUCUGAAGGCUCGGCUGAACUGUUCAGUCCCUGGCGAUUCCUUUUUCUACUUUGAUGUUCUGCAGUCUAUCACAGACAUAAUCCAAAUCAACGGCGUCCCCACUGUGGUUGGGGUGUUUACCACGCAGCUCAACAGCAUUCCCGGUUCUGCAGUGUGUGCAUUCAGCAUGGAAGACAUCGAGAAGGUGUUCAAAGGACGGUUUAAAGAACAGAAAACUCCAGAUUCCGUUUGGACAGCAGUCCCCGAAGACAAAGUACCCAAGCCAAGGCCUGGCUGUUGUGCGAAACAUGGUCUUGCGGAAGAGUACAAAACCUCCAUCGACUUCCCCGAUGAGACCUUGUCAUUCAUCAAGUCCCACCCCCUGAUGGACUCCGCCGUCCCACCCAUUGCCGAUGAGCCCUGGUUCACAAAGACCCGAGUCAGGUACAGACUGACAGCCAUCGCCGUGGACCGUUCGGCAGGGCCUCACCAGAACUACACAGUCAUCUUCGUUGGCUCCGAAGCUGGCAUUGUACUUAAAGUUUUGGCAAAGACCAGUCCUUUCUCGUUGAAUGACAGCGUAUUACUGGAAGAAAUUGAAGCUUACAACCAAGCAAAGUGCAGCGCAGAGAGUGAGGAAGAGAAGAAGGUCAUCUCACUACAGCUGGAUAAAGACCGCCACGCUCUAUUUGUGGCAUUCUCCAGCUGUGUGAUCCGCAUUCCCCUCAGCCGCUGUGAGCGGUACGGAUCAUGUAAAAAGUCUUGCAUUGCAUCUCGUGACCCGUAUUGUGGCUGGUUAAGCCAGGGUACUUGUGGAAGAGUAGCAGUAGGGAUGGCUGCUGGAGGGUAUGAACAAGACACAGAAUACGGCAACACGGCCCAUCUAGGGGACUGCCAUGAAAUUUUGCCUACUUCAACUACACCAGAUUACAAAAUAUUUGGCGGUCCAACAUCUGACAUGGAGGUAUCUUCAUCUUCUAUUACCACAGUGGCAAGUAUCCCAGAAAUUACACCUAAAGUGAUUGAUACCUGGAGACCUAAACUGACGAGCUCCCGGAAAUUUGUAGUUCAAGAUGACCCAAACACUUCUGAUUUUACUGAUUCUUUAUCGGGUAUCCCAAAGGGUGUCCGAUGGGAAGUCCAAUCUGGAGAAUCCAACCAGAUGGUCCACAUGAAUGUCCUCAUCACCUGUGUCUUUGCCGCUUUCGUUUUGGGUGCUUUCAUUGCUGGUGUGGCAGUAUACUGCUACCGUGAUAUGUUUGUCCGGAAGAACAGAAAGAUACAUAAAGAUGCAGAAUCGGCACAGUCAUGCACAGACUCGAGUGGAAGUUUCGCCAAACUGAAUGGUCUCUUUGACAGUCCAGUCAAGGAAUACCAACAGAAUAUUGAUUCUCCUAAACUCUACAGCAACCUCCUGACCAGUCGGAAAGAGCUGCCACCCAGUGGGGAUACAAAAUCCAUGGUAAUGGACCAUCGAGGCCAACCUCCAGAGCUGGCUGCUCUCCCUACGCCAGAGUCCACACCUGUGCUGCACCAGAAGCCACUACAGUCCAUGAAGAGCCACUCAGACAAGCCCCAUGGCCAUGGAGCUUCCAGGAAGGAAACCCCUCAGUUCUUUCCUUCUAGUCCUCCACCUCAUUCUCCAUUAAGUCAUGGGCAUAUCCCUAGUGCCAUUGUUCUUCCAAAUGCUACUCAUGACUACAAUACAUCUUUCUCAAACUCCAAUGCACACAAAGCUGAAAAGAAGCUUCAAAACCUUGAUCACCCUCUUACUAAGUCGGCCAGUAAGAGAGAUCACCGGCGUUCUGUGGAUUCCAGAAAUACCCUCAAUGACCUCCUGAAGCAUCUAAAUGACCCAAACAGUAACCCCAAAGCCAUCAUGGGAGACAUCCAAAUGGCUCACCAGGCCCUAAUGCUGGAUCCCGCGGGACCAGUGUCGGAGGUCCCGCCGAAGGUCCCUAACCGGGAGGCAUCACUCUACUCCCCUCCUUCAACACUGCCCAGAAAUAGUCCAACCAAGAGAGUAGAUGUCCCCACUACUCCUGGGGUCCCAAUGACUUCCCUGGAAAGACAACGGGGUUAUCACAAAAGCUCCUCACAGCGGCACUCUAUAUCUGCUAUGCCUAAAAACUUAAACUCACCAAACGGUGUUUUGUUAUCCAGACAACCUAGUGUGAACCAUGGGGGAUACAUGCCCACCCCGACUGGGGCGAAGGUAGACUAUAUUCAGGGGACACCAGUGAGUGUCCACCUGCAGCCUUCCCUCUCCAGACAGAGCAGCUAUACCAGUAAUGGCACCCUUCCCAGGACGGGACUAAAGAGGACACCGUCCUUAAAACCUGAUGUGCCACCAAAGCCUUCCUUUGUUCCUCAAACCCCAUCAGUCAGACCACUGAACAAAUACACCUACUAGGUCUCAAGUGUGCUAUUCCCGCGUGGCUUUAUCCUAUCCUGUUGCUGAGAGGAUGAUGUUGUAAGGGGCACCUUAACACAAGAGGCUUGCUCGUAUUUUAAGAGAACCAAGUGGCCAAAGAGACUCUCUUUAACUUUGGCAACAUCAGAACUUGCCACAUGUAGCUACUGCAGCAAAACUUCUGUGUGCUUAACUACACACAAAGGAAGGUGCUGGUAAUUCCAUUUCUGUGGUUGGAAGCUAAAGUGAUGUGUAGCUCCCCAGGGGCUACCUUAACCAGGAUAAAAGAGCUGAGAACAGUACUCAGAAGAAUCUGUGAACAAAUACUUGAAAAUGGGUUCAAUUUGAGGCUGCCAUUCUGUGUGGUCUUCCCAUUAAAUGUGAACAUUUUAAUAUGUAUGCAUUCACCUUGCCUCUUGCACAAAUGUCAAAAAGAACAAAAA